GGCACGCGUCCCCGGGGGACCAAGCAGGCGGCGCGGCAGGAACGGGCGAUCCCCCGAAAACCCUCCUUCCUCCCCCCGGGGCUGCCCGCGGGGGCGGCGGCGGCGACUACAAGUCCCGGCUGCCCGGGGAGGAGCCGGUGCCGCUCGCCCUCCCUUGCCGGUGGGAGCGCAGCGCAGCCCAGCGACCGCCCGCAGCCCCGCCGGCAGCGACCCGCAACUUUUCUCGCCUCCGGAGCCGGGCAGGGGAAGCGCACCGAGGGCUGCGGGGCUGGAAAGGAGAAUUGGGCAGGGGGGCUGCGAGGGAGGCGGGGAGGGGAGCGCGGUGCAGCUGGAGGGGGGGGACUCCUGCAAGGGAGGCGCGCAGGGGAGCGCACGGUGGGUUCGGAAAGGAGAGCCGGGCUUGCGAGGGACCGGGGCUGCGGAGGGCAGAAGGGCGGAGGAGGCGGGCCGCCCCGGGGCCGUGCCGCUCCAUCCCUGCGGGUCCGUGGGGGUCGGGCCGGGGGGCCGAGCCUCGCCCCCCCUCCGCAUCCAGCCCCGGGGCGUGGGCGCGGCGGCGGCCCCAUGGGCGGUGGCAGGGGCGGCUCUGCGCGGGGGCCGCCCGCCGCGGCUGAUGCCGCUGCCGGCCGCCCGCGGGGCGGCUGAGGCGGGCGGCGGGGCCGGGGGAAGCGGCGGUCGGCUGCGGGCCAUGUGUCGGCCGGGGGUGCGGGGUCUCCUGGGGCGGGCGUGCCUGCUGCUGCUGCCGCCCUGCGCCCUGGUGCUGGCGGCGGUGCCCGGCUCCGCGUCCCACCCGCAGCCCUGCCAGAUCCUGCGGCGCAUCGGGCACACCGUCAGGGUGGGGGCCACUCACCUGCAGCCCCGCGCCGCCGCCUGGCCCGGGGGGGAGGCGGCGGGCGGUAGCCCCGAAGUGGGGAGCGCCGCGGGGCCGCGGGGCCGGCGGCCGGGGGGCGGCGGGGAGCGGCGGCCGCCCCACUCGCCCUCGCCGCGGGACGCGCUGCUGCUGGCGGUGGCGAACCUCAACGGCGUGGCCGGGCUGUUGCCCUACAACCUGUCCCUGGAGGUGGUGAUGGCGAUCGAAGCGGGGCUGGGCGACCUGCCCCUCUUCCCCUUCUCUUCCCCCAGCGCCUCCUGGAGCAACGACCCCGUCUCCUUCCUGCAGAGCCUCUGCCACACCGUGGUGGUGCAGGGGGUCUCCGCCAUCCUCGCCUUCCCGCAGAGCCGCGGGGAGAUGCUGGAACUGGACUUCAUCUCGGCCGCGCUGCGCAUCCCCGUGGUCAGCAUCGUGCUGGGCGAGUUCCCCCGGCGGAGCCCGAAUCCCCUUCACCUGCAGAUGAGUUUAGAAAACUCACUGAGUUCUGAUGCUGAUGUCACUUUCUCCAUCCUUGCGAUGAACAACUGGUACAACUUCAGCCUGAUGCUGUGCCAGGAAGAGUGGAACAUCACAGAUUUUCUCUUCCUCACACAACAGAGCUCCAAGUUCCACCUGGGAUCCAUUAUAAACAUCACAGCAAACCUCACUUCAACCAGUGACCUUCUGAACUACUUACAGUUUUACCUGGAGAGCAUCAAAGACACAACGUCUACCAUGGUCAUGUUUGGAUGUGACAUGGAAAAAACGCGGAGGAUUUUUGAAAUAACUACCCGGUUCGGUGUGAUGCCUCCAGAACUUCACUGGAUUAUUGGGGAUUCACAGAACGUGGAAGAACUGAGGACAGAAGGUUUGCCGCUCGGUCUCAUCGCUCAUGGCAAGACAACACAGUCAGUCUUUGAGCAUUACGUGCAGGAUGCAAUGGAGCUGGUAGCAAGAGCUGUAGCAGCAGCCACCAUGAUUCAACCCGAACUAGCUCUUAUUCCAAGUACGAUGAAUUGUAUGGACACAGAUGAAAGGAAUAUCACUUCAGGGCAGUAUUUGUCAAAGUUUUUAGCCAACACAACUUUUGAUGGUCUCAGUGGCCACAUUAAGGUGAAGGACUCAUCCAUUGUCAGCUCAGAAAACAACUUCUUCAUCUGGAAUCUGCAGCACGAUCCUGUUGGAAACCCAAUGUGGACUCGUCUGGGGAGCUGGCAAGAAGGAAAGAUAAUCAUGGAUUAUGGGAUAUGGCCAGAACAGGCCCAGAGACAUAAAAAUCACAUGCAACACCCCACCCGGCUGCACCUCAGAGUGGUAACUCUUAUUGAGCAUCCAUUUGUCUUUACAAGAGAUGUAGACGAUGAAGGUCUUUGCCCAGCAGGGCAGCUGUGCCUGGAUCCUUUGACCAAUGAUUCAGCCGUGCUGGAUAGCCUGUUUGAAACCCUUCAAGGAGGGAAUGACACUGUUCCCAUUGAGCUGAAGAAGUGCUGCUAUGGCUACUGCAUUGACCUGCUGGAGAAGCUAGCUGAGGAUAUGAAUUUUGAUUUUGACUUGUACAUUGUUGGUGAUGGAAAAUAUGGAGCCUGGAAGAACGGGCACUGGACAGGGUUGGUGGGAGACCUUCUUGCUGGCACAGCUCACAUGGCGGUGACAUCGUUUAGCAUUAACACUGCCCGCAGCCAAGUGAUUGAUUUCACCAGCCCUUUCUUUUCAACCAGCCUGGGCAUCUUGGUGAGGACCAAAGACACAGCAGCUCCUAUCGGAGCCUUUAUGUGGCCACUUCACUGGACUAUGUGGCUGGGGAUAUUUGUUGCUCUCCACAUCACAGCUAUAUUCCUCACCUUAUAUGAGUGGAAAAGUCCUUUUGGGAUGACACCCAAGGGAAGGAACAGGAAUAAAGUCUUCUCUUUCUCCUCUGCCCUGAACGUCUGCUAUGCGAUCUUGUUUGGAAGAACAGCUGCCAUCAAACCCCCCAAGUGCUGGACUGGAAGGUUUUUAAUGAAUCUCUGGGCUAUUUUCUGUCUUUUUUGUUUGUCCACAUACACAGCCAACCUAGCUGCUGUCAUGGUAGGAGAGAAGAUCUAUGAAGAGCUUUCUGGAAUACACGACCCAAAGCUCCACCACCCUUCUCAAGGGUUUCGGUUUGGAACUGUGCGAGAAAGCAGCGCAGAAGACUACGUGAGGCAAAGCUUCCCAGAGAUGCACGAGUACAUGCGACGGUACAAUGUCCCUGCAACCCCGGAUGGAGUAGCGUAUCUCAAGCAUGAUCCAGAGAAGCUCGAUGCCUUCAUCAUGGAUAAAGCACUCUUAGAUUAUGAGGUAUCAAUAGAUGCUGACUGCAAGCUUCUAACUGUGGGAAAACCCUUUGCUAUUGAAGGAUAUGGUAUUGGUCUUCCACCGAACUCUCCACUCACCUCAAACAUCUCUGAACUGAUAAGCCAGUACAAGUCUCACGGUUUCAUGGAUGUUCUGCACGACAAAUGGUACAAGGUUGUUCCGUGUGGGAAAAGAAGCUUUGCUGUCACGGAGACACUGCAAAUGGGCAUCAAGCAUUUUUCUGGGCUCUUUGUGAUGCUGUGCAUUGGGUUUGGUUUGUCCAUUCUCACUACCAUUGGGGAACACAUCGUGUACAGACUGGUCCUGCCACGCAUCAAGAAGAAAUCCAAGAUGAAGUACUGGCUCCAUACAAGUCAGAGAUUACAUCGUGCACUGAACAGUUCAUUUAUUGAGGACAAAUGCCAGCCUAAGACAAAACGAGGAGAAAAGAGGUCCCAUGUAGGGAACAGCCAGCAUGCUGUGUGGAAUACCGCCAAUCUGGGCAACUGUCAUCGGAAAAAAUAUAUCUGCACCGACGAAGGGCAAAAUGAGGUGACGAUCCGACAGCACCAAGACAUCCCCCUGCCACAGGUGAGGAGGGAGACUCCGGCUUCUUUAUCGACCAAUGGGAAAGCAGAGUCCCUCAAUAUUACGAGGACCUCCGUCACGCAAGAGCUUGCGGAGCUGGAGAAGCAGAUCGAAAUCAUCAAGCAGGAGCUGCAACUCGCCAUGGACAGGAAAUCAGAGCUGGAAGAGUACCAGAGGACAAACAGGACUGCAGAGCCCUAGGCCAGCACACCUGGGCCCUUUCCUCUUUUCUUCCUUUCUUCCCUUCCUCCGUAAAAUUUGUAACACACUUUUGUAACGCCAGAAAGAGGUGCGAAAAUAAAGCAGGCAAUACGCUCUUCACGAGAGCAGAAUUGCAGCAGCCCACAGCCACUGCCACCCUCCUGAGUCCUCCUCCUUUCAUAACAAGUUUCUCAUUCUCCUGGCAAACGUCAGCCAUUCCCCAGGGACUGGAGAAACAAGGAGCAUCCGAACAGUGAGUGUUCCUGGUUCCUCCACUUGACAGCACAGUGAGGUUCCCACUUUUUUAGCCCUUUCUGUGCAUUAAUUCAAAAAAAAAAAAGAAAAAGGAAAAAAAAAAAAGGAAAUUUAAACUGCUCAUUGAAAGCAUGUCCCUUGUUGGUACGUUUUUGUUGUAAUAUCUAUGGGUCUAGUCUCCGCUCAUGCCAAGGCUCCUUAUAGUUGCCUCAUUACGGCAGGUGCUAGUUCUGUGUUGGCAGUCCCUUCCCUCCUGGCACAAGCUGUGGUUUCACGAGACAAAUUCUUGGUGGCAAUCCCAGUACACACCAUUCCCUCAGCUCUGUCAGCACAAAUGCAGAUGCGGCUGCUCUGUGACUGUGAAAAAGGAACUCACCCAGCUUAAAAAUAACUUGGCGAAAACCAAACCACCACCUCGCGUCUGCUUCUGAGCCCAGGUUCAGCUUCCACUCCCACCCAGAGAGAAGCCAUGCAAACAGCUGCACUGGCAGAUGUGAGGGAUGGGUUCACGGUGGCCCACAGCAAGUAUGAGGGGAAGGGAGGGGUGGCAGUACCAUACAUCACUGUUUACCACCAAAGGUGAAGUAUUUACCAAUGUGAAACUACUCCCUUAACAUUCUCUGUCUUCAGUUGACAGUAAGGUUCAUUCUCACAGCCAAAGUGACAUAAAGGUGCUCUGGUCCAUGAUUUAUUCUGACACCAAGCUCCCAGCAAAGUCAAAAGGAGUCACCAAAGCCUCCCUGUGGACCAGGGCUCACUGUGAAGGAGAAAAGAGUUGCGGUUUUUAAAGGCAAUGUACUAAGUGAAGCUCUCUCCCACCUGAAUGAUGAGUAGAGGGAAGGAAGGGUAAGCUGUUCAGCAUCUGAAUAAAUACUGCAUCAACCCAACUGACUGUGUUAUUUAAACAGGAUUUCUAUGAAUAUUUAAACAAUACUUCCCAAUGCAUCCCGCAUGACAGAGAAAAAGAACAUUUUUAACACUGUCAGAAUUAACUCUGGUCUCCCAGAUACGUCACCAAAGUAAUUUUUACCCUCUCUGUGUCUCCAUCCACCUGUGUGAAUGUUGACAGGGGUGAUGUUCUCACCAGGCAUUGUCUGAAGGCUACAAGCAGAUCUGAAACUGUAUUCUGGCGAUUGAAAAGGCAUUCUACCUUUUUGCACCUUUAACCUUUGAAACACACUUGCAAAUGAAAAGCUCUGCACGGACCACUAAAAGCUGCUAGCAGCGAUACCCAGACUAAUUAGCCUUAUCAAGAGGAGUUCAUAUUCUAUUCCCUGCUUGGUCCUUGGCCUCUGCUUUUGGGCAGCAAGUGUGCUUCUUCCAAUACUGUCAGAAACACAGAAAAGAGUAAUUAGGAGAGAAAAGAGGAAAGUGGGAUCCAGAGGCCUGCACAUCAGCUAGGUCUGAAAGAUGUAGGAUGUCCCGUCUUUCCUUGCUCCUGGCAAGCUACAUGCCUAGGGACAAGUCACUCAGGUUGCUUUUCUUGCCCUCCUUUACCCUCCCUCCCUCAUUUAGAUAAUAAGCUUUUUAGGAAGAGCUUUUUAUUUGUGUAGCAUCCACUACCUUACAACCUCCAACGUCAUUUGGUUAGAACAUAUGAACACUGCUCUUUUCAUCAUUAUGAGACAAACACUAGGAAAAAAAUAUUUCUGCACGAUUUUGUAAAUACAUUUAUCAACAGUUUAAGCAUAAGCCCAGAAAGAUUUUUUUUAAAGUAAUUGAAAAUGCUAAUGAUAUCAAAUAACAAAAACGUGCAUGUUCAAGUUCAAAGUUCCAAUCCAAACGCCCAAUCUUUCAACAAAUCACUCUUCAUUUAAAAACAAAAAAAUAAGUGGAAAAAAAAGUCAAACACCUAAUAAUUAACGUUAAGCAAAAAUCUGUAUUUCUGGUGGGUGCCUUAGGGGCUACUCCCAUGUGAAAUGCAGAAUAGGGAUUGCUCCAAAUCACUGCAGCACUAACUAGAAGCCUUUUGGGAGAAGGACCAACUUGUUGCAUAAGAGAGACACAUUUUGGCAUGUUAUUUUCUUAUUCACCUAUUGCUCCAGCCUGAUGCCACAGGAGACAGAAAAAAGAUUGCUGUAGCUUUCUACGGGAUGGGGAAUAUCACACACACAUCAUUGCCUGCGUAACCAGGGGGAGGACUGGCUACGACAAGAUGCACUAGUAACUGUAGAUGGUUCUGGCCUGUCCACAUUGUUGGGCCUCAUGUUUGAUUCCUCCCUCCUCAGACUAAGGGAAGAACUUGAAUUGCUCCAGGAUUUCACCCUGUCCAGAUUCCACAGAGCUCUGGACAGACCUAGCAUCACAUAAGGAAGCAGAGCCCGCAGGGGAGAAAGCAGAAGAGGUCAUUGCUGACCAGCAGGUCACAGCCGGUGGACUGCAAACCCCACACUAUCCUCGGGACUAGCUUGAUCGUAUGGAAGAGGAGGGCAGGAGAUCUACAGGACAGCAGUGCGUUCAAACACUUUUCCAACUUCAGCUAUCACAAGAAAAUAACUUCAACCGACAGAUUUGAAGAACAACAGAUGGGUUCUGGAUCAAAUAAGAACACAGGCG